UGAGGAUGGAGAGAGGCCACUUGGAGCAUCAUCAUUCCAGAAAAUGACUGCCCAUUUCUUGUUGCAUUUUUCCAGCACAAAUUUGAUGUUUUAGAUUGCCCUCUUCCUCAUCUUUUCACCUGUUCUUCAAGAAUGGUGAGUAUAUGAUGGGAAAGAGAAGGAGCUGGUUUGCAUUUGUGAAAAGACUGUUCAUUCAGGAGGCAAAAUCCAAGGCAGAAAAGAGACCGAGGAGAUGGAAAUGGUUUUCCGGGAAGAUUAAGCUGAGGCAACGGCCAGCAAUCGAAGCGCCUCAGAGAACAUUAUGUGAGGCGGCGGAGGACCAAAGAAAGCAUGCGAUGGCGGUGGCAGUUGCAACAGCGGCCGCUGCAGAGGCGGCGGUGGCUGCUGCCAAUGCUGCAGCAGAGGUUGUCAGGCUAACCAAUGCUCCUUAUGAGUUGCAAAAGAGACAGAGCUCUGCAGCCACCAAAAUCCAGACUGCUUUUCGCGCUUACCUCGCCAGGAAGGCAUUAAGUGCAUUGAAGGGACUGGUGAAGCUGCAGGCAGUGAUCCGAGGCGAAAUUGUAAGGCGCAGAUUGAUAGCUAAGUUAAAGUGUAUGCUGUCAUUUCCCAAGUCACAACCACAAGUUCAUCAGAAGAGAAUUGCAGCUGUGGAACAGCCUAUCAGCCAAAAGGAAAUUCUGAAACCUCAUGAAGUAAAGUGUCAGAGCCACAGGACCUGGGAUUUCACCUUAGCAUCAGGGGAAGAUGCUGAAGCCUUGUGGUUCAGAAGGCGAGAUGCAAUAACCAAAAGAGAGCGGAUGAUGAAAUACUCGUUGUCACAACGGGAAAGGCGAAACGAUGAGACUCUGCAAGAGCUGUUAACCAACAAGGAGAAUCAAGGGAGCUGCAGAUUUGAUCAGUGGGCAGAAUCUGGCACACCAAAGAGGACAACAUUAGCAGACAGGUUAAGGUCAUUUGCACACUCAAAUGUUCAUGGAGGUGACACGAAUCAAAUGACACAAGUCCAAGGAAGAUAUGCUCGAAAACAAGACUAUUCUGAGGAGCUGAAUUCCCCCUUGUCACUUCCCAGGAGAUCAUUUUCUCUUGUGAAACAGAAAUCCACAAGCGACGAUAGCUCUUUGCCAGAUUCCCCUAUGUUUCCAGCUUACAUGGCCGCCACAGAAUCUGCAAAAGCGAAGAUGAGGUCCAUGAGCACCCCGAAGCAAAGGGUGAGGUUAUACGACACUUGCUCGUGUCAACAUUCUCCCCACAAGCUCAGCCUUUCUUCGUGGAGUUCAUUCAACGACGAAACCUCUAGCACUGAAAGAAACUGGAAUUUUUCAGCAAGCAUCAGAGAACGCAAAAACGUUUUACCAUGAUUACAACAGUUAUCACUUGUCAGAAGAUUUCAGCACUAGAAAAGUUGAACCUUUGAAGAACUUCAUGUUAAUUUACUUGAUACUCCUAACAUGGUACAAGGCUACACCAUCUUUUAAGAAAGUAAACAAAGUAACAAGAUCAUUGGAGGUGUUUUUCAUCCAGGUUUGUCUACAAAUAACAAGAGAAUGAUUUCUUCUCCUGCUUAAGGUUCAAAAACAUUACAGACUUCAGAUACAUGUGCACAUAGACAAAAAAAAAAGGUUUUUCCCUCUUGUGUGUUUUUAAGUGUGCUUUUAGAGGAUUUAAUUUGAGUCCUUGGAGGCAGUGAGGGUUGAUUCUGCUGAUUGGUCAUUUGUUUGGAAUGUGUUGUAAAAUUUGCAAAAAGGGUUUUUUGUAUUUGUUGUCUGAUAUAACAUCACAUACUUAUUUUUGGUCC